GAAGUGUGGGCGCUUUUUUUUUUUCUUCAACUUCCUUCCUGCUCUAACUGCCAAAGCUCAAAACUGAACGCAGAGAGCAGAGAGGGACCCCGGACGCAGACGCCAGGCAGCCAAGAGACCAUGACUGAGAAAACCCCAGACCUACACGUAGAGGAAGAGGAUGAUGAAGUGGACGGCAAACUCAACUACAAGCCCCCACCCCAGAAAUCGCUUCAGGAGCUGCAGGAGCUGGACAAGGAUGAUGAAAGCCUUGCUAAGUACAAGAAAUCCCUGCUGGGGGAUGGGCCUGUGGUGGCAGACCCAACAGCUCCCAAUGUGGUAGUCACACGGCUCACCCUGGUAUGUGAUUCUGCUCCAGGACCAAUCACCAUGGACCUUACUGGGGAUGUUGCAGCACUGAAGAAAGAGACAUUUGUACUAAAGGAAGGAGUUGAAUACAGAGUUAAGAUCCACUUCAAAGUAAAUAGGGACAUUGUGUCUGGAUUGAAAUAUGUGCAGCACACCUACCGGACGGGGGUGAAGGUGGAUAAAGCUACGUUCAUGGUUGGCAGCUAUGGGCCACGGCCGGAGGAGUACGAAUUCCUGACACCUGUUGAGGAAGCACCCAAGGGCAUGCUGGCUCGGGGCACCUAUCACAACAAGUCCUUCUUCACUGAUGAUGACAAGCAUGAUCAUCUCACCUGGGAGUGGAAUCUGUCCAUUAAGAAGGAGUGGACAGAGUGAGGUCACGCAAGCUGCCUUCUCCCUCCUUCCCCUGCCUACUGCACUAGUCACCAGGAGUGACACGCCCUGGACCCGCACACCAUGCUGCCCCCUACUGCCACAAAGGGGUUCCAGAAACCUCCUAACCCUUGUUCCUUCCUGCCACAAGAAAUUCUGUUAAAAGCAGGUCUUUGCACAGGCCCAAGGACAGCCUCUGCAUUUCCCACUGCUACACUGAAAAUAACCUGCCCAGAGCUGUCGUGACACAAGGGGUUAAAUUGGGAAAAAUCCCUCUUCCUGCUGGUCCAUCUUUUGCUCCAAAUCAGGUCUCUGAAGUGCCUUUUUGAGGGAACACAAUCAUCUUGCCAGCUCUACAACUCUCAUGGCAGGGUGAAUUGCCCCCCUAAAUGGUCCUCCAAGGUGUUAUUUCUGCCUUGUGCUCACUGUAAAUGGCUGAUCCCAUUAUGGUCCUCUUAUCCUGGUCUGGUGUCCAAAUCAUAGUCCUGCCUUUAAAGGCAAAACCAGUCAAGGAGAUUCAAUUAGCUGCCAUGACUUGUAAAGAUGUCAGUGUCCCAAGAAUAAAGUCAGUUUCUUUCUUCCCUUC